AGGUACGGGAAGUUCAGCAUCAAGAGACCUCAGGUUCCCUGGUGAUGGUUGUUUCCAUGGCUGUUUCCACCUCCACUGGGCAGCAGAAAGGACAGAAGAGGAGCUCCCUGUGAGCUCACACAAUGUCAGGCUCGUCUCUCCUACAUGCGGGUGAAGUAUCUUUUCUUUUCCUGGUUGGUGGUUUUUGUUGGAAGCUGGGUCAUAUACGUGCAGUAUUCAACGUACACAGAGCUAUGCAGAGGGAAGGACUGUAAGAAGAUCAUAUGUGACAAAUACAAGACUGGAGUCAUUGAUGGGCCUGCCUGCAGCAGCCUCUGUGUCACAGAGACCCUGUACCUUGGAAAAUGUUUAUCCACCAAACCCAACAACCAGAUGUAUUUAGGGAUUUGGGAUAAUCUACCAGGUGUUGUGAAAUGCCAGAUGGAACAAACCCUUCAUCUUGAUUUUGGAACUGAAUUGGAGCCAAGAAAAGAAAUAGUGCUAUUUGAUAAACCAACCAGGGGAACUACUGUACAGAAAUUCAAAGAGAUGGUCUACAGUCUCUUUAAGGCAAAAUUAGGUGACCAAGGAAACCUCUCUGAAUUGGUUAACCUCAUCCUGACAGUGGCAGACGGAGACAGAGAUGGCCAAGUUUCCUUAGGAGAGGCCAAGUCAGCAUGGGCGCUUCUCCAGUUGAAUGAGUUUCUUCUGAUGGUGAUACUUCAAGAUAAAGAACACACCCCCAAACUAAUGGGAUUCUGCGGUGACCUCUAUGUGAUGGAAAGUGUUGAAUAUACCUCUCUCUACGGAAUAAGUCUUCCAUGGGUCAUUGAACUUUUUAUUCCAUCUGGGUUCAGGAGGAGCAUGGACCAGUUGUUCACACCGUCAUGGCCUAGAAAGGCCAAGAUAGCCAUAGGACUUCUAGAAUUUGUGGAGGAUGUUUUCCAUGGCCCCUAUGGAAACUUUCUCAUGUGUGACACUAGUGCCAAAAACCUAGGCUAUAAUGAGAAAUACGAUUUAAAGAUGGUGGAUAUGAGAAAAAUUGUACCGGAGACAAACUUAAAGGAACUUAUUAAGGAUCGCCACUGUGAGUCUGACCUGGACUGUGUCUAUGGCACAGACUGUAGAACUAGCUGUGACCAGAGCACAAUGAAGUGCACUUCAGAAGUAAUACAACCUAACUUGGCAAAAGCCUGUCAGCUACUCAAAGACUAUUUACUGCAUGGUGCUCCAAGUGAAAUCCGGGAAGAAUUGGAAAAGCAGCUCUAUUCUUGUAUUGCUCUCAAAGUCACAGCAAAUCAAAUGGAAAUGGAACAUUCUUUGAUACUAAAUAACCUAAAAACAUUAUUGUGGAAGAAAAUUUCCUACACAAAUGAUUCUUAGUUCAUUUGGACAGCAUCGCCAUCAUUGAGAAAUACUUACGAUUCUGAGAGCAUUUCAAAGAAUGGCUUCUGCCCUCUGGGCCUAUGAAGCUAUCUUAAAUGUGCUUCGACAGUAAUGGCAGGUGUAGGACCAAGAAAUGUCCAAAACUCACCUGCCCUGCUCUAAGUUCACAAGUACACUCACUGUUAACUAUUGACUGAGAAAUUAAUGCUGUGAAAAGCCUCAUUCCAUAAACAGUGAGUAUUCUGUAGACCUGUUAGCAAAUCCCAUUGCUGGACACACUGUUUGCAUUGAAGCUGCUGUCGUCUCAACAAGGAAAUGUCUGAAUUUACUAAUGUUUUAGCAUGGUAAAAGUUUGCACAUUAACACAAAUUAAAAAAUGCCACAUAGGUAAAUUAAAAUGACUCCUUUUAUUAAAAGGUUGGUUUUAUAGCAUGGUUUAUUAUAGUAUACUCACUUAUUUUAACUUCAGAUGGAGGAAACUGUUGGAGUGACUUUUAGCUUCAACAUGUUAACAUUCAGUUACCACUGUGACUGAAAUUAGGUGUACUUUAUCCUUUGAUGGGUUCAUCAACCAGCCAACACACAUUAUCUUGGGCUGGGGAUAUAAGUAACUUUUCAUGAAGGCCCAGUACCACAAAGCAGACCCUGACAGAGACCAGAGGUGAUCAAAACCAUAACCACUUGAGCUGACACACAGAUAACUGUGUUACGAUGAGGAUGGAAGACAGUUUUUACUUCUUGUGGGAUGAGGCAUAAAUGCAUCACCCAGUUCUCUCCCUUGUAAAAGCCAGGUUUAGAAUUUGACUUCAAGUUAUUUUCCUAUGUACAUUCAGGUCUGGCACAUACUUUUCAAUAUCUGCUUAAAACGAAACCUAGGAAAGCCGCAACACUUUCUGCUCAAAUUGUCCGAUCUGUGAAUUUGUCAUCCUCCAAUCUUCCAGCCAUGGAUUCGCACUGGUAUGCUUUCAAGAUUGACUUUGAGGUAUUUUCUUCCCACUAUCUACUUGUAAUAAAUGGAAACACUGUGUCCCCA